CUAACUUGUGUAACAAAACUGUUUACACAUUUUAAAUUUAACAUGAUCCUUCACAAACCACUCUUGAAGUUAUUGUGUUGGUAAAAUAGCUACAAAAAUCAUGUGAUGUGGAGUCCAAAACUACUAGUUAGUGAAAAACGACAAGAAUAAAAUUGCACUAGUCAUGUGCUUAAGAAUUUGCCGUUUCCUUAAAGAAACUUGCAGACAAACAAAUGACUUAGCUGUAUGAAUUAAUCUCAUAUGUACCCUUUAGCCCCACACAAAACAAAAGUCAAUAGAAUUGAUGGUAAAUAAGUAAAUUUACCAACUAAUUGCUCUAAAUAACGCUUACCCGUUACCACCAAUCGUGGUCCUCUUCUGCUCGUACACACUCUUUUUAUAUAGUCUCUUUCUUUCACAUAAAAGAGAAAGCGAAAAGAAAGUGUUCAAGAGCUUGAAUUAUCAAAAUAUGUAAAAUCUGCUCUUGGAUUUCGGAUUCUCCUGCAAACGUGAAGACUAAAAGUUCACAUUCUAAUUAUUUGUGCUUUGAAUCGGUGAAAGAUGAUUCAAAUGGACGGUGGUGAUAGGCUAAGAGUGACUUUAUUAGAUCGUAUGUCAACAGUGGAGACUAGCCGGAGCUGUUUAACUCUUGAAGCUAUUCUAAUGGCUGAUAAAAACAGAACCUCGCCGCAGAUUCUCUCACCGCCACCGUCUAGGAACCAAUCUAACCGGUCACUUCUUGAAGUAAUGCAAAGAGAGCACCGACACAGUCGAGACAAAACCGCUUGGAAAAGUCUCCGUGAAAAGCUCCGUCUUAAACGUAACGCUACUGUUUGGAUCUCGUCUAAUUCUAUCCCGACUUUGGAUACGCCUAUUCCUAACCGGGAUAACGUUAGCCACCAACUUGGUUUCCUCCUUUCCAACUCAAACAUAACGGAGGAAGCUUCUUCGACGGAGGGAAGGAUUCGGUUAGGAGCUGUGUUGGCAGAGGAGAGAGCGUUAUCGGCUAGAGAAGAGGAAACGCCGGCGGAGAGGGGAGUGGAGCCGGCGAGGAUGUCAUUGAUGGAGUUGUUGGAAGAGAAUGAAGGGCAAAUGAGUUUGGUAAAUGUUGAUGGAGAGGCGGAGGAGGAGGUGGCGGUGACGGUGACGGCGGCGGAGAUAAGUUGUUGUGUGUGUAUGGUUAGAAGCAAAGGAGCUGCGUUUAUUCCGUGUGGUCAUACGUUUUGUAGGUUGUGUUCUAGAGAGCUUUGGGUUCAAAGAGGAAACUGUCCUCUCUGUAAUACCACAAUUUUAGAAGUUCUUGAUCUUUUUUAGACUUUUCAGUUUAAUUAUCUUAGUUUAUCAUAAUCAGGUUGUUUCCUUUGUUGUUGUAAUGUCUGGUUGAAUAUUGAUGAGAAAUCCUUUUGUAGAAAUUACUUUCUUUCUCA